UAUAACCCACAUAUAUAUAAACACGGGACAAAACACACACCUGAACUUUUCAACUUUCCAUCUUGAACAUGUUGAAUACGUGUUGAGUUUUUUGCGGUUAUACUCGUAAUCAAGUGAAACCACACAGCAGACAGUUAGUUCGUUAGUCUGUCUGGAGCGGGGUUCUACUCCGUGUACGGUACGGUUGAGAUAUAUGUUGCGUGUGGAGAGACGCGAAACGGUCUCUGGGAAUGCGCCACUGCUAUCGCUGCUGUUACUACUGUUUUAUUUUUCGUCGGUCGUGACAUCAAAUUAUAAUAAUUAGCAUAGAGGAGGCAGUGGAGACAUUGCCCAACGUUUUAAACGGCGAAUCAAAAUCCAAUAUCGGAAUUCUAGCAAGUGGAAAUUUUGAAAAAAUAUAAACAAAGCGCUAAACGAGAAAUUCCAAACAGACAGUCAACAUGCCGCCUCCGCCUCCUCCUCCGACGACGCCAACUGCGAGCAAUCUCAGCGAAGCUGCCAUCGCCCAGUUGCUUGGCCCCCAACGUGAUUCGCUUGGCAUUGUGAUACCCGUGACCGUUGUCUAUUGCCUGAUCUUCUUCACCGGCGUCGUCGGCAACAUCAGCACCUGCAUUGUCAUCAAAAAGAAUCGCUCCAUGCACACAGCCACCAAUUAUUAUCUCUUCUCGCUGGCCAUCUCCGAUUUCAUGCUCCUACUCUCUGGUGUACCCCAAGAGAUGUACUUCAUCUGGUCCAAGUAUCCGUAUGUCUUUGGGGAAUACUUUUGCAUUGGUCGUGGACUUCUCGCCGAGACCUCAGCAAAUGCCACAGUGCUCACCAUCACCGCAUUCACCGUGGAGCGUUACAUGGCCAUUUGUCAUCCGUUUCUCGGUCAGGCAAUGAGCAAACUAAGUCGCGCCAUUCGCAUCAUUGUGCUCAUCUGGCUGCUGGCCGUGCUCACGGCCAUUCCUCAGGCAGCGCAGUUUGGCAUCAACAAUUAUGCCGGUGUGGACAAGUGUGUCGUGGUGCGUGUGAUCAUCCAACACUCCUUUCAGCUGUCCACCUUCAUCUUCUUCUUUGCUCCGAUGUCAAUUAUAUUGGUGCUGUAUCUGUUCAUCGGUUUGCAUCUCUAUCGCUCGAGUGUCAUUGGCGGCGGAGGCGCAGUUGGCACUCAGCGACGUCCCCAGCCACUUAAAGCGGUGCAAAGUGAUACCAUACUCUAUCGUUACUCUGGCACUGGGCCGCAGUUGAGCUCGGUGCGUGGACGCCUCAAUCAUUAUGGCACGCGUCGAGUGCUGAGGAUGCUGGUUGCCGUUGUCAUCUGCUUCUUUUUGUGCUGGGCCCCCUUCCACGCCCAGCGACUGAUUGCCAUUUAUGCGCCCGCCCGUGGCGCCCAGCUGCAUGAUCAGCAUGAGUUCCUCUACACGGUGAUGACAUAUGUCUCUGGUGUGCUCUACUAUCUCUCCACCUGCAUCAAUCCGCUGCUCUACAACCUGAUGAGCAACAAGUUUCGAGAGGCCUUCAAGGCUGUGCUGCUGGGCAAAAAGUAUUCGAAGGGCUCGCUGAACUCGCGACAACUUGAAUCGCGACGCUUGCGUCGCACUGCUACGCUUAAUUCAUCCACGCAUACGCAACGUGAAUCCAGCGAGUCGAAGCCGACGAUCAUGCAGACGGCUCUCAACGAACGGCUGCUUCAAGCCAAGUCACAACUAGUUUCGUAAUUUGAACAAUUGCAAACUAAUUGCAGUUGAUUUAUAUUUUGCGAGCAACUCUCGUCGUAUCGAUAUUUAUGAAUCGUAUUUGUGCAGUUUUCUGCUUCCUAGUGUUAAUUUAUUUUAAUUUAUCAUUUGUUUAUAACACACAUUAGCCGCAUUGUUUUCCACUUAGUUCUUGUUGUUGACUUUUGUUGUUAUUAUUGUUUCGAUUUUGUUGUUUGCUGCUGCUACCAAAGCGUUUACAUAUAUUAUUAUUUAUACUUAUUUGAGACACUGCAAUUAUCAAGCAUUUAAUAUUCAUAAUUUUCCCUCCGUUCCGUAAUGAAUUCUUUUGAGCUAGUCUAUCGCAUCUCAGUAUAAUUAUUUUACGGUGUAUUUCUUAAAUUAAAAUAUGAAAUAUUUUUUUAACUAAUAUAAUUAAUUACCGAAGGCAUUCAAUUAAAGCUAUCUAGAUAAUUAUAUUUAUCUAAGAAAUUGACAGGUUCCACUUUGAAUUAUUUUCGCACAGUUUCCAUUUACAGUAGCCACUCGAUAAUUGAAACGUGUGUUAAUCAAAACUGUGAUUUCAUUUUAUGCUCUCUUUUUUAAAUAACAUAAGUAUAACACUUUGAACAAACUGUAACAAUAAUAAUUAUUGUAGUUUUAAAAUAGCUUUAACCAAGUUUAGCUUUCAAGUUUGUUCGACAAACAAAGCAGAGAAAUGAUUGAUUGAUUGAUGUUGUUUUUCUUUUUUAAAAUCAUCAACCCAGGGGGAAAUUGAGCGGAAAGCUAAAAAAAGUUGAAGCGGGUCGCUUAAAGUGCUUCUGU